AUGGCUCUGAUUUCGUCAUCAUCAUCCCUAAUCACGUUCAAGGUCAAACCUUGCGUUUUCGGGCCUCCUCGAAGAUCCGUCGUGGUGCGGAAUUGUGCCAAGCCAACGGCGUCUCCAAUAGCGACAAGUUGGAGCAUUGAUAGUUGGAAGACGAAGAAGGCGCUUCAGCUUCCGGAGUACCCUGAUGCGAAUGAAGUGGAUCAAGUUCUCCAAACCCUUUCGAGUUUUCCCCCUAUUGUGUUCGCCGGCGAGGCCAGGAAUCUGGAGGAGAAACUGGGUCAGGCUGCGAUGGGGAACGCUUUUCUCCUUCAGGGCGGGGAUUGCGCUGAGAGCUUCAAGGAAUUCAAUGCCAACAACAUCCGUGACACCUUCCGUGUCAUCCUUCAAAUGGGUGUCGUCCUCAUGUUCGGUGGCCAAAUGCCUGUUAUAAAGGUGGGGAGAAUGGCCGGUCAAUUUGCAAAGCCAAGAUCAGAUCCAUUUGAGGAGAAGAAUGGAGUGAAGCUUCCUAGUUACAGGGGUGACAAUGUGAAUGGCGAUGCAUUCGAUGCAGCAUCCAGAAUCCCCGAUCCACAGAGGAUGGUAAGAGCUUACUGCCAAUCUGUGGCUACUCUGAACCUCUUGCGGGCGUUUGCCACAGGAGGUUACGCUGCCAUGCAAAGGGUUAACCAAUGGAAUCUUGAUUUCAUGGAGCAUAGUGAACAGGGAGACAGGUACCGUGAAUUGGCUCAUAGAGUGGAUGAAGCUCUUGGGUUCAUGAAUGUUGCUGGGCUCACAUCUGAUCACCCAAUCAUGAGUACAACAGACUUUUGGACCUCCCAUGAGUGUUUGCUUCUCCCUUAUGAGCAAGCACUUACUAGGGAGGAUUCUACUUCGGGGCUUCAUUAUGAUUGCUCAGCUCACAUGCUGUGGGUUGGGGAACGUACCCGCCAACUUGAUGGUGCUCAUGUUGAGUUCUUGAGAGGAGUUGCUAAUCCACUUGGCAUAAAGGUGAGUGAUAAGAUGGUUCCAGAUGAACUUGUUAGGCUGAUAGACAUUCUCAACCCUAAAAACAAGCCUGGCAGAAUUACAGUAAUUGUUAGAAUGGGAGCUGAGAACAUGCGAGUGAAGCUUCCUCAUCUUAUCAGGGCAGUUCGCAGAGCAGGCCAAAUUGUCACUUGGGUCAGCGACCCCAUGCAUGGCAACACCAUUAAAGCUCCAUCAGGACUUAAAACCCGCUCUUUUGAUGCAAUAAGGGCUGAGUUGAGGGCAUUCUUUGAUGUGCAUGACCAAGAAGGGAGCUACCCAGGAGGAGUUCAUUUAGAGAUGACUGGACAGAACGUGACAGAAUGUGUUGGAGGCUCAAGGACUAUUACUUAUGAUGACUUGAGCUCUCGCUACCACACUCAUUGUGAUCCAAGGCUUAAUGCCUCUCAGUCUCUGGAGCUUGCAUUCAAUAUUGCAGAAAGGUUGCGCAAAAGAAGGCUCAAUUCCACACAAUCACUUUGA